AUGUCGGCCCUUUUAAUUUCAAUUAAUCAUGAAAUAUUAGCAAAUAAAGGUAUUGAUUCCAAAUAUUUUAGCUAUUUCAUUAUUGAAUUUAGAAAAAUUGAAUAGCACAUAAGAAUUUCAUGAAUGA